AUGUCACUUGGUUACCUCUACAUCUCCAGGGUUGUAAUUACUGCUUGGCGAAGCGCGGACAGGUCUCGAGGGGUGACCAGUGAAAUCAGGCGAAGGCAGCGACAAGAGCACAUCAGACAAGUAUACACCAAAACAAACAACAUGGCUCCUCCUAUGUUGACAGCAAAGGCAGCUGUUGCUCCUUACCCGAGGGAAAAUCCACAUAGUACCUCAGGAGAUAUGGAGUGUCCCAUCUGCUACCAGGACUACAACCUGCAUAACAAGUGCCCUCGCAUGCUGGAGUGUCUGCAUGUCUUUUGCACGGAUUGUUUGCACAGAAUCCAGCUGUGUCCCAUGGUGCCCGGGGACCCUCUGAGCCCAGAUGCCAUCCCAUGCCCGCUCUGUCGCCACCUCACCCCCCUGGAACGAGGAGAUGCCCAGUCCCUGCCUUGUAACUCCCACAUUCUUGCCCGCCUUAACCCCAUGCCCUUCCCACUGCCCAUCACACUGGCCCAGAGAGUGGUGCUGUCAUUGGAGGGUGAACAGCCUGAUGCCCGUUACAUAAUCCUGCCCACGCUGAGCCUAAGGGUACAGCAGAGGCACCCAGACAGGCCGCACGGGACAGCCCCUGGUCUCAUGGGGGAGGAGGAGGUCAUACAACAGAGCAGGAGGACUCUGUUCUGGGUGAAGCUGCUGGCUGGGGUCUUUUGGGUCGUUUUUGUGGUCAUCUGUGUGAUUGGAGUGACCGUCCUCCUCAUGUUUUUGUUGGGGAAAAGUUAUCGGGAGUUCGGUCGUGUGAAUGUGGCGUGCCCGUCGGUUUUCGCCCCUCGGUAA